AUGCCCUUAACCAUCCUAUUUGCUACCAGAAAAACAAAAUUUGGACCAUACUACUAUCCUUAUGCAUCAUACCCAUUAAUACCACACGACCAAGGGCAACCGACAUUUCCACUACCAAUAAAAGAAGAACAGCAUCGUACGUUCAGUACGUGCCGCUACCAAAAUCAACCCUAUUCAACGGACAAUUCACUGAGUCCGCCAUUAUCAAUCACUCAACAUCCGGAUUCGUAUGAAUUGGGUUUUAACCGAUUGACCGACCAAAGAAAUAACGCUAAUGAAGCUGUUUCAGCUCGUCUUGUAAAUCAUGAGAUCAAAAAUCCAAUCAAUCAGAAAAAAGACGAUUCGCCGGCCCUAAGGGCCUUACUUAACAAACCUAGUCAUGAAAAAAUAUCAUACGAUUAUACAGAAUUACGUAAAUCUAAAAGUAAAACCAAAAAUUGCGACGAAUCAUACGACGAAACGCCUAACUAUGAUAAUGAUGCGAAAAACCAUUCGGAUAGCAGCAAUUGCGGAUACGAUAACAUAACAGACGCUCAAAAACAAAUAUUUCCUUGGAUGAAGACUAACGGUGCUGAUACUCAUGGCCAAGGAAAUAAACGCACAAGACAAACCUACACUAGGUAUCAAACCUUGGAACUGGAAAAAGAAUUUCAUUCAAACAAGUAUUUGAAUAGAAGAAGACGAAUUGAAAUAGCUCACACUUUAUGCCUGACAGAGAGGCAAAUAAAAAUAUGGUUCCAAAAUAGGAGAAUGAAAGCUAAGAAGGACAGUAAGUUCGGUAUGAACUAUGAAUUCCCAACUUCCACAGACGAUAUCAAUAUGAACCAAAAUAGCUUUACUGGUAACCAAAGUGUAAAAGAUUUUUUUAUGGAAAAUUCCCAUUCUGCGUUGGCGAACGAAAUGACUUAUCCAGCUAACCUUUCAAGGGCAGCAAACCCAUUUGAGUCGCCCGAAGAACUUUCCCGACCUUUGACGCAAAUCAGGAACAUACCGGGACCCCCUGUCUCUCCCUAA